AUGACUACGUUCAGUGGAGUAAGGUCCAUCACAGAAUCCAGUUGCCCUACAGCAGCUGCCAGGGGUCAGCUACGGUAUGACACACCAACCAAACUACAGUCCAAUGCAGGCCAAAGCUCCUGCACCACCCGGCCCUGGACUCUACCCCUCUGGGCCCUACCAGCCUGCCCCCCCAGUCAGCUUCCUACCAGCCUGCCCCCCCCAGUCAGCUCCUACCAAGCUGCCCCCCAGUCAGACUUCUACCAGUUACUGCUCCCCAGUCAGCUCUACCAGCCUGCCCCCCAAGUCAGCUCCUACCAGCCUGGCCCACCACUGACUUCCUACCCAGCUUCUCCAGGCCAGCCACUGUUGACCAGGCCCCCAAUGGGAGGGCUUCCAUCCCAUACCCCUCCUCAGUCUGCCUGCCCCAGCCCUGGUCCACGGCUGCCCCCUGCACAGGCCACACCUCCCCCUCCCUCGGUGUCUUCUAGUAGCUACUACCAAAACCCACAGCAGCCGCAGCCCGUGGCUCCAGCUUGGCAGUACAACACAGCUCCCCCACCAAUGGGGCCACCCGCAUCCAUGAGCACACCUCCCCGCGGCCCCGUGGCGAAUCACGUGAAUCCUGCCGUAAGCUCAACAGCGCCGCCACCGCCGUCGUCUGCGGUUUACAGCUCUGCACCACCAGCCCAUGUGUCCCACAGUGCCACCCAGCCCCCAGGCCCGAGGAUGCCCCCCACCUCCGCGCACGGAUACACCCAGCCAGGCACUGUACCUCCACCAAUGAAUCCCAUGGCCCCACACACAUACCAACCAAGCAGAGCUCCCUAUGGCCCCCCACCUACAGGCCCACCACCAACCAUGAAACCUACACCGCCUCCCACUGGACCCCCAAUGGGCAAUGCCACACCUCCACCCCCCAAAGCAGAUGGAACUGUGGCUGGCAAUGGCCCCCAAGCACCAAACAGCUAUAAUCAUGUUGACAACAAAAUGGCUGGCCUGACCCAGCCCGGACCACCGGGUCGGCACUUGGGCCACUACCCCUCCCUCCCCCCUGGGUACCAGAAUACCUCGACCCCCCCCAUGCACCCUGCGUUGCAGGCCGCCACUCAGCCUUACACUCAAGCACCUCAGCCAUACCAGCAGCCACCUGGUGGCCCAGGGCCAGCCCAGCUGAGCCCGUCCCUGGCGGCCAUGAGCCUCCAGUCCAGCACUCCAGAGGCCCUGAGAGUGGUCAACCUACUGCAGGAGAGGAACUUGCUGCCACCACAACCGAUCCCUGCCCCGACACCCUGCCUCCCACAGGACCUGCAGAAGAUCAACUGCAACCCAGAGGUUUUUCGUAGUACGCUAACCAGCAUCCCUCAGACCCAGGCUCUGCUCAAUAAAGCAAAGAUGCCACUGGGCUUGCUGCUCCACCCCUUCAAAGACCUCUCACAACUUCCUGUGGUGACAUCCAGCACCAUCGUCAGGUGUCGCUCCUGCAGAACAUACAUCAACCCUUUUGUCUCUUUCCUUGACCAAAGGAGGUGGAAGUGCAACCUGUGCUAUCGGGUCAAUGAUGUUCCAGAGGAGUUUAUGUACAACCCAGUCAGCAGAUCAUACGGAGAGCCACACAAAAGACCUGAGGUCCAGAAUGCCACCAUCGAAUUCAUUGCUCCUUCAGAAUAUAUGCUGAGGCCACCACAGCCUGCUGUUUACCUCUUCGUUCUUGACGUAUCCCACAAUGCAGUGGAAACGGGCUACCUGAAUGUGUUCUGCCAGUCACUGCUGGACAACAUCAAUGCGCUUCCUGGAGACUCGCGGACAAAGGUUGGCUUCAUCACCUUUGACAGCACCAUCCACUUUUACAACCUCCAGGAGGGACUUUCCCAGCCUCAGAUGCUCAUUGUGUCUGACAUUGAAGAUAUCUUUUUACCAACACCAGACAGCCUUUUAGUAAACCUCAAUGAAUGCAAAGAGCUUGUGCAGGAUCUGCUGAAGAGCCUGCCAAGUUUAUUUGAAAAGACCAUGGAGACCCAGUCUGCCCUCGGUUCAGCUCUGCAAGCGGCCUUCAAGCUGCUGUCGCCCACCGGAGGGCGCAUGUCCAUCUUUCAGACCCAGCUGCCGAACCUCGGUGUGGGGGCACUCCAGUCCAGAGAAGACCCCAACCAGCGGGCAUCUGCCAAGGACAUCCAGCACUUAUCCCCAGCGACAGACUUCUACAAGAAGCUGGCUCUGGACUGCUCCGGCCAGCAGGUGGCAGUUGACUUGUUCCUGCUCAGCGCUCAGUACUGCGACCUGGCAUCGCUAGGCUGCAUAUCUAGAUACUCGGCAGGGAGCGUUUACUACUACCCCUCCUACCACCACCAGCACAACCCCGCACAGGUGGAGUGCUUCCAGAAGGAUCUGAAGAGAUACAUAACCAGGAAGAUCGGCUUCGAGGCCGUCAUGAGGAUACGCUGCACCAAAGGUCUGUCCAUCCACACGUUCCACGGAAACUUCUUUGUGCGCUCCACAGAUCUGUUGUCCCUUCCCAACGUGAACCCAGAUGCUGGCUUUGCGGUUCAGAUGUCCAUUGAGGAAAACCUGGACGACAUGCAGGUUGUCUCUUUCCAGGCGGCGUUGCUUUACACGUCCAGUAAAGGAGAGAGGAGGAUCCGUGUCCACACCUUGUGUCUCCCCGUGGUCAAUUCUCUGUCAGACAUCUUUGCUGGGGCUGAUGUUCAAGCCAUCAGUGGACUGCUGGCCUGCAUGGCUGUGGACCGCUCUGUGACAGCCAGUUUGAGUGACGCCAGAGAUGCAAUGACGAACGCUGCCAUUGACUCGCUGACAUCAUACCGGCAGUCCGUGUUGACCAUCCAGCAGCCCGGCCUGCUGGCCCCAGCCUGCCUCAGACUCUUCCCCCUCUUCAUCCUUGCCCUGCUCAAACAGAAAUCCUUCAGGACGGGUACCAGCACCAGGCUGGACGACCGGGUGUUCGCCAUGUGUCAGCUGAAGUACCAGCCGCUGGCCUACGCCAUGUUGAUGAUCCAUCCUGCUCUGUACCGAAUCGACGAUCUGACAGAUGAGGGAGCUUUGAACAUCAGUGAGCGAACCAUCCCUCAGCCCAGACUGCUGCAGCUGUCUGUGGAGAAGCUCAGCAGGGAGGCAGCUUUCCUCAUGGAUGCUGGAACGGUGAUGUAUUUGUGGAUCGGACGGAACUGCAACCCCAACUUCCUCUCACAAGUGCUGGGAGUUCCCAGCUAUGCUUCCGUGCCUGAUAACCUGUUUAUGCUCCCUGAGCUGGACACUGCCGAGUCACAGAGAACCAGAGCUUUCAUUGGUUGGCUGAGGGAUCAGAGGCCGUUCUUCCCCUCCCUGCAUGUGAUCAGGGACGAGAGCCAGUGGAAAGCCAGCUUUAUGCAGAACAUGAUCGAGGACCGAACAGAGUCGGCCCUGUCGUACUACGAGUUCCUGCUUCACCUCCAACAGCAAAUCUCCAAAUAAACUUCAGUCUGGAGACGAGGGAACACUGAAGUGAGGACAUGCAUCAGUGUGUGUGUGUGUGUGUAUGUAUAUAGUGUGUGUGUGUGUGUGUAUGUAUAUGGUGUGUGUGUGUGUGUGUGUGUGUGUGUGUACGAGUGAAAGCAGUGGGACUGAAGGAAUCUCCAGCAGUGGUGCAUUAUCUCUCUACGGAAAAGCUCCUGAGCUGAACUGACAGGAAGCGUCACUCAAAUCAAACUAUGUGACGGACAGUGCACGGACAGAGUGACAAAGAACUGAUUCUGAUGCUUAUUUAGCACUUUUUACCCAGCUGAAUCAACACGUUGGAAGAAAAAAAAAAAAAAGGCAAGAAAUCCAUGCUGAUGAUGAUUGCGUGUGUCGAUGAUUGAAUGAAUCAGUGUUUAUUCUCAUAGAACAAUGCUAUCUUACUGAGGUAUCGUUCAGAUACAGUUCAGGCAAUGGAUGUGUGAAGUGUUUUUGUUCAAAAAGCACAGUUGUCUUUACUAAAACAAGUCAAAACGUAUGUAUGUAUGCUUAAGACUAGGUUUGUAAGGAUGUUUAGUAUGUCUGCACUCAAAGACUGUUAUUGGAUGUCACCAGGAGUGUUUAUAUACAGAACACCUGAGCUCUAACAACACUCUUAAUAUCGUACCCGAAGGACAGAACGUGUGCUUUUUUUUUUCUUUUCUCAGUCAUUAUAAUUGUGUGUCGAACAAAUCCGUAGACUCUGUCGUAAAAAGGCAGAAAUGUUAAAGGUGUUUGAUGGUGGGUCAACCUUGCCGUCAUUGCUGCCUUGAAUGUGUGGACUCGGCAGUGGAAAGUUGUUUUCAUUGGUCUGAUCUGUCCUUCAGAAAUUCUCUGUCAUCUUUUCUGUCUUUGGACAUUCAGAACACCUCUGACGACAUUGCUGUUCUGUUUGUUUCUUCUUUUUUUUUCUGAUAAUCUAAUAAUUUAUGAGACUCCCAGUCUGAUUAAAUUCUAUAAUUGCCUUGUAUGGGAACUCACUUUUUAUUAUUAAACCUCUGUUCAAAUACA